GCAGGCGUCCGCACUCGCCGAGCCGCACGAGUUGCAUGGCUCUGGCGGACUGGACUCGGACUCUAUAAAAGGAGCCCAUCUGCUCCGCCACUUACAGGCUUCUCCCAGGCUGGCGCUUGCCGGGUCCCUCCAGCUCUCUCAGACACCUACUCCUUCCCAGUGUGCGGCUCCAAGUACCCCAGACCCGCGCGCCCAGCGGCAUGGCUCCCAGCGGUGCUGGUGGAACCAAGGUGGUGGUGGCAGCGGCGGCACGACGCCAGCAGCCACAGCUCCAGUCCCCGAAUCCCCCCUCUUGCGGCCCCUUCUCCACGGGGCAGCUCGCCCAACUGGUCUGCGCGUGAAAAGAGAAGGAGGACAGCUACAGCGCAAGGCGCCGCGGAGCGCGGCUCCCAGACUUCACCCCACCCAGCUUGGCGGCUGCAAUCGCCGCAGGAAAGUGCCCCAGCGUGGGGCGGGGGUCGGGAAUGCAAGACCAAGAUUCUUGGCUGGCCUGCAAGCUUUGGUCUCUACUGCUAGAAAACUCCUGCGGGCGGAGUGUGCAGAUACAGGAGCGCCCAGGUUAGGAGAUGCUGAGCCCUGAGCAAUAGGGUAAGAGAUCCCACUUGACCCAGCCCCUAUCUUCAAGCAAUACCUCUCCCUUCUCCACUUUGUUUCUCCAGAGAGCAAAACCAGAGCUGGGCUGGGUGGGUCAGUUCUUCAGGUACCAGGGCUAGGACAGGGCGUGGAGAGGAGCAGUCAGUAACGCAGACGCAGCGCCAGGCGCACUGGAAGUGCAGAGGACGCGCCCGCCUGAUUGCCUGCUGCGAGGGUGACCUCUAGUUUCAGCAAGGAACCUGGGCGGAGGAGUUAGAGAGAAACCCACGGAACUGACUUCAAGGCGAGACCAGACUGUGGUCUCUAUGAACCUUCCAUUUUCAGCUGUCCUCCUCGUCCGCUCCAUGCCCAAGAGCUGCGCUCCAGAGCUAGGGCCAGAAGAGCCAUGGAGGGACCGAGUGUUCAGUGCGCCCAGCCGCCGCCCGCGGGAUCUCAGAUCGGGGUACCCCAAGCCAACCUCUCUGCUGCUCCCUCCCACAACUGCAGCGCAGCGGAGAGCUACAUUUACCAGGACUCCAUUGCCCUACCCUGGAAAGUACUGCUGGUUGUGCUGCUGGCGCUCUUCACCUUGGCCACCACGCUUUCCAAUGCCUUUGUGAUCGCCACGGUGUAUCGGACCCGGAAGCUGCACACCCCGGCUAACUAUCUGAUAGCUUCCCUGGCCGUCACCGACCUGCUUGUGUCCAUCCUGGUGAUGCCCAUCAGCACUAUGUACACGGUUACGGGUCGCUGGACACUGGGACAGGUGGUCUGCGACUUCUGGCUGUCGUCGGACAUCACCUGUUGCACUGCUUCCAUCAUGCAUCUCUGUGUCAUCGCCCUGGACCGCUACUGGGCCAUCACGGAUGCCGUGGAGUAUUCAGCUAAAAGGACUCCCAAAAGGGCGGCUGUCAUGAUCACUCUGGUGUGGGUCUUCUCCAUCUCUAUCUCUCUACCACCCUUCUUCUGGCGUCAGGCCAAAGCCGAGGAAGAAGUGUUGGACUGCUUAGUGAACACCGACCACGUCCUCUACACGGUCUACUCCACGGUGGGUGCUUUCUACUUACCCACCCUGCUCCUCAUCGCCCUCUAUGGCCGCAUCUAUGUGGAAGCCCGCUCGCGGAUUUUGAAACAGACGCCCAACAAGACCGGCAAGCGCUUGACCCGAGCCCAGCUGAUCACAGAUUCCCCUGGGUCCACGUCCUCUGUCACCUCCAUUAAUUCGCGGGCUCCCGAUGUGCCCAGCGAAUCUGGGUCUCCAGUGUAUGUGAACCAAGUCAAAGUGCGAGUCUCCGACGCUUUGCUGGAAAAGAAGAAACUCAUGGCCGCUAGAGAGCGCAAAGCCACCAAGACCCUGGGGAUAAUUUUGGGAGCAUUUAUUGUGUGCUGGCUGCCCUUCUUCAUCAUCUCCCUGGUGAUACCUAUCUGCAAGGAUGCCUGCUGGUUCCACAUGGCCAUCUUUGAUUUCUUCACGUGGCUAGGCUAUCUAAAUUCCCUCAUCAAUCCCAUCAUCUAUACCAUGUCCAAUGAGGAUUUCAAACAAGCGUUCCAUAAACUGAUACGUUUUAAGUGCGCAAGUUGACUUGCCAAUUGCAGUGGGGUCGCCUAAGCGACCUUUGGGGACCAAGUUGGGUCUUUCCACAGGUAGGUGGAAUCUUCUUUCGCUGUUACUGGGUCCGAACAAGGCUCUCUCUUCUGGGCAAGGGCAAUGGAUCCUGAGAAGCCAGGACAGCCCUGAGAGCUCUGAAAGGAGAACUGUUCAAACUAAAUGUAGAGCUUCCCUGCUGAGGAGAAGGUUCACCUCCUCCCCUCAAACCUUGGGCUCAGCACAGAUACUGCGGCAGCCAAUCACAAAGGGGUUUGCAACUUAAAAAUUGAUGAUGGAUAGGUGAUCCCUGCCCUGCUUUAGUAUCAUGGAUGAUGCCCUCUAAAGCCAGUGGUACUUGUAGUUGUUGUCUGAAGCCUGUCUGAGACAGAUCUACAAACAGCCUGGCAGUACUUGAACUAGACACUUAAUACCCUGUGUUUUGGGGAGAACAUUGUGUUACAGCUUAAUUUAAGAACAGUUACUUUGGCAUUCUUCAGUCUUCAGUUUUUGUUUAUUUAAACUUGGUUGGAGAAACUUGUGGAUUUGGUGCUUCAAACCCUAAAUGUGUCUUGGAUGGCACAGAGAACCCUGAAGAGUUAACAGCAAAAUUCUGAUGCUAAGAUCUCUAUUUUUAUUAUAUUGAAACUAUAUAGGGUGGGCGGGUGGGAGUGGGAGAUGGGAGUGAUAUAUUGAGAAUCAACACCUAUGAUUGUUUUCUGCAGAUUUCUAAUUUUUUAAAUUCUUGUUUAGUGAUUGUCAAACUACAACUUUCACAACUCAAAAUAUUUUGUGUGCUAGUGCCAAAGUCUGCAGAUUACUUUAUUUUUCCUCCCUAUUUCCAUGUGCUUGUCAUUUUACAUACUCAAAUCCCCAUAAAUGAAGGGUAUAAUGGGCAAUUCAGCCCAAAGUGCUGCUAUAUGUCUUAUUAAUGCAGUCGGUUAAACCGAUUAGUAUUAGAUAUUUAUUGUUCCUUGAAAAGAAAAGUAUCUCUCUUCUUUAUCCAAUUAGGUGAAAUGUAAAGAAGACUAAUGAAAUAGGAAUGGUUUUUUAUACAGCUAAGGAAUAAGGGGGGCAAUGGAGGAUGUAUAUUUUGACUUGUAAAAAAAAAUCUUAAAAUGCAUGAGACAUUUUUUCUGAUAGUCAUUUGCACUCUCCUCCCCAUCUGUGAUUCCUUUGUGUGUGAGCAUAUAAAGUAACCAGGAGAACUAGUUUUCUUCUCCAGAAAUCUUUAAUAUGCAGCAAGAGCCCUAAAAUCUGUAUGUAUUGGGAUAGGAGAAAGAAACUUGUUUCAUUUUUCUUGCUAUUAAAGUUUGGGUAGGAACAAAGAUUAUUAGAAAAUAAAAUGCAAGAAAUUUUGAAAAGCUUAGAGAGGCUGAAAUUGAGCCUAUUUUCUUUAAAAUAUAUAGAACCAAACCUCAGAUUUACCAACCAGGAAACUGGCAAGCCUUUUAACCUUAGAAAUUUGUCACAGACCUGUCAUCUCAAAGAAUAUAAUAUUUCGAAUACUUUAGACGUAUCUUUUUCCCCCCAAGUUUGACUUGGUUAUUUCAAAUUUAUUAUGAGGACUUCCCAUUCCAGGGUAAAAUCACACACUAAAAGAUUUUUUAAAAUACAUUAUCUUAAUAAGCCGAAGUAUUCCUAAAGGAUCAACUGCAUGGAAAAAACAUGUGUACACAGAGCAUUUAAUAAGCCAAAGAUUCAUACCCCUUUCUUCAGAGGGAUAACUGUAGAUGAUAUGAUUUAUCUGCAGAAGUGAGUUAUCUUUAAAAUGGAUUCACUCUCUGCUUGAAGCUCCCCAGUCCAGAUCCUCAGACAAUAGAUGUGUUGAGCUGAAGUACACUGCUUGCCUAAUGCACAGAACUUUGCUUUGGGUAAUGACUAUGGAAAAUGUAGUAUUCAAAAGUUCACAUGUAAGCUAAGUAAAAAAGGAAAUUUUAAUCAAUGUUAUACCGGUCACUGGAGUAAGAUAAAAAUUUUAGGCAUUGGAUAAUCCUAUACUUUUGCUGGAUUCCCCAGGUUAAUUUGUUCACUUUUUGUAACAUUUCUCCCAUGGAGGAAUGUACACAGAGCAUGUUAUUUUUUGUGUGUGUGUUAUUAAUAUGUUGGUCUUCUGUUUAUGUGGCUGUGUUUUCUUGGGGCCUAAGAGGUAAUUAAGUCAACUUCUAAGAGCCUUAGUGGGGGGGGGAAAUUAAUUGAAACAAAUAGCUACUUACAAAUGAUUUCUUCAUUGGGCACCUGCAAUGAUUGUGUCCUCAUAUUAACAAAACAAGGUCAAUUUAGUCAAAGGGGUUGUUUGCCAUUUUGUAAAUUACCCACCUUAAUUAUUGCUUGACUAUUUGGCUGAAUUGACUGGAUUUGGAGCAUACUGUAUCAAGUAAAAGCUUGCAAACUCUUGUAGUUAUGAGAUCUAGAAUCAUCAUCCAGCAUUGCACAUGAUUAUGCAAAGUGUAUUAUUCAUCCCAGGGGUAUGCAGUUAAGACUGUUAAGCUCUUUUUCAGUUACUAUUGCCUACAGCAUAGUUUAUUUCAUAAACUAGACACGUGGCUUUUUUGCAGAACAUAAAAUGAGAGAUGGAAAUGUUUAACUUACAUAGAAAUGAAAAUAUAUUUUCAUUGUCUGUGGUAACAAAUAACAUAUUUCCAUAAUGUUUAAUUGCACAAAAUUUCACACAGAUAUAUGAAUGUAUACUCAUCUAAAGAUACCAAUAUUGUCUUGUAUUUCUAGGAAUUUUAGAGUUUCCUUUUAAAAAAUGGACACUGCACCCAUGAAUGAAUGUUUAUUGAGUUCAGCAAAUUUCCUGCUGAACAAUAUUUGUCACUUUUCCUCUCUAUUAUCUUAGUUUUGUCUUCUUUAACCAGGAAACCCUGAGAGGACUAUAAUUCACUCAGUCAAGUAAGUGUAUUCAAUGGAGUUGCUGUGACUGAAAAUUGCCUUUGGUAUUCCACGUUUCAGCAAAUGUAUAACUAAAAGUGAAAUUUCAGAAAAUAAUGAAAUAAAAGUUCUUUUUGCGUUCUACAAAUCAUUGAA